AUGCUUCAUUUGAGCAUCUCCUACAAUAAACCUAAACUUUGUGCAAAUGCAUCGUGGAAUUCUACAGCAAUAACGUUCGCGAACAGCACUAUAGUUGGUACAGGUCCCACUGGUAUUUUUGUUAGUUCAAAUAAUACCGUCUAUGUCGCUGAUCAGUCAAAUAAUCGGAUCCAAGUAUGGCUUAACGGCAAUACGAUACCCACAAGAACUAUCGCUGGUGGUUUAAUCAAACCCUAUAGCCUUUUCGCCACAGACAAUGGUGAUAUUUAUGUUGAUAAUGCCUAUUCAAAUAUGCGAGUAGACAAAUGGGAAACAAAUUCAAAUAGUAGUGUUCCAGCGAUGUAUGUUUGCACACAAUGCUACGGUCUUUUUGUUGACAUCAGUAAUAAGCUUUAUUGUUCAAUGUAUAAUUCGCAUAAAAUUGUCAUGCAACCAUUGGAUAAAAGUGUAAAUAUAUGGAGUAUAGUCGCUGGUACAGGUACUGCUGGAACAACACCGCUUACACUUUAUAAUCCUCGUGGAAUUUUUGUCGAUAAUAAUUUAAAUUUGUAUGUGGCUGAUAGUACCAAUCAUCGAAUUCAAAAGUUUUUAUCAGGACAAUUAAAUGGAACAACAAUAUCAACAGGAGCUAUUAUAAUAAACAAUCCAACUGCAGUUAUUCUUGAUGCUGAUGGAUAUCUCUAUAUUAUUGAUAGUAGUAAUCAUCGUCUUAUUGGUUCAAAUGCUUAUGGGUUUCAAUGUAUUGCAGCUUGUUCUGGACAGGGAUCACAAUCGUAUCAGUUAUCUAACCCAUUAACUCUUAGUUUUGAUAGUUAUGGAAACAUAUUUGUUACUGAUCAAACUAAUAAUAGAAUUCAAAAAUUUCUUCUGAUUACAAAUUCAUGUAAUGGAACGACAACAGCAACAACUAUAUCUACUGUAACUUCAACCAAUACUACUUUGACAACUGCAUCGUCUUCAAAACUUCUUUCGUACAAUCUACCAAAAUUCAGUAUAAAUACUUCAUGGAGUACCAACGGAAUAACUUUCGCCGAUUCAUCUGUAAUUGGCGGCGAGGUUGCUUCUAUAUUUAUUGAUACUAAUAAUACGAUAUAUGUAUGUGAAUGGAAUACAGCUCGUAUUCAAAUAUGGCAUGAAGGUAGUACCGUACCCACACGAAAUAUCUCCGGCGGUUUAUCCUAUCCAUUUGUUAUGUUUGUUGCUAUUAAUGGUGACGUUUAUGUCGAUAACGGUGAUUCAUAUGGUCGCGUCGAUAAGUGGACACCAAAUUCAACCGUUAGUGUUCCAGCAAUGUAUGUGCAAGACGCGUGUUGGGGUCUUUUCCUCGAUGUUGAGAAUAACCUUUAUUGUUCAAUAUAUACACUCGAUCGAGUUAUUGUGAAAUCAAUGACUACAAAUUCAGACAUGUGGAAAGUUGCUGCUGGUGCAGAUUGUGCAGUGUCAACAACAAACACGCUUGAUGGUCCUCAAGGAAUUUAUGUUGAUACAGAUCUGAAUUUAUAUGUUGCUGAUGCUUAUAAUGAUCGAAUACAAUUAUUUUCAUCAAGACAACUAAUUGGUAAAACGCUUGCGGGUACUGGAGCAACUGGAACUAUUGAUCUCUAUAGACCCGCCGCAAUUACUUUGGAUGUUGAUGGUUAUCUUUUCAUUACGGAUCGUGGCAAUCAUCGUAUCGUUGCGUCAGGACCAAAUGGAUAUCGUUGUUUAGUUGGAUGUGCAGGCACUUAUGAUUCGACACCAAAUCAAUUAUAUGCUCCAACAUAUAUAAGUUUUGAUACUUAUGGAAAUCUAUUUGUUGCCGAUGAUCAUAAUUAUCGAGUUCAAAAAUUUCUUAUAAUAAAUACUUUUAAUGAUGUGACUGUUAAUCAACCAAAUUUGUGUUCAUCUACAACUUGGUAUACAAAUGGUAUUAUAUUUACUAAUAGUAGUACAGUUGGCACACGACCAUAUGGUAUUUUUGUCAGUAUUACCAAUACUAUUUAUGUAACUGAUCAAGAUCAUGAUCGGGUCGUUAUGUGGUUCGAAGGAAGUAUUAUCCCAGAUAGAAUUGUUUCUGGUGGUCUGAAUCAACCAUAUGCUGUUUUUGUUACUCCAAAAGGUGACUUAUAUGUUGAUAAUGGUGUAAGUUAUGGUCGAGUCGAUAAAUGGUCAUCAAAUUCAAAUAUAAGUAGUAUUACAUUGACAGUUCCUAAUGAAUGCUGGGGUCUUUUUAUUGACACUAGUAGUGUUCUUUACUGUGCAGCAACUUAUUCUCAUCGAGUUGUCAAGCGAUGGUUAAAUGAUAAUGUAACAACAUCAUCAAUUAUUGCUGGUACAGGUACCGCUGGAGCAACUGCAACUACAUUGAAUGAACCCGUGGGAAUUUAUGUUGAUACGGAAUUUAAUUUAUAUGUUGCAGAUUGUCUGAAUAGUAGAAUUCAAAAAUUUUCUCUAAACGUAUUUACUGGAACAACCAUAGUAGGAGCUAGUGCACCGGGUACAAUUACACUUAAUAAUCCAUAUGGAAUAACACUUGAUGCUAAUGGAUAUCUUUUUAUUGCGGAUUGUUAUAAUCAUCGAAUAAUUGGAUCAGGACCAUAUGGUUAUCGAUGUUUAUUUGGAUGUACGAGUGUUGCUGGUUCUGCAUUGAAUCAAUUAUAUUAUCCGUCAACUUUAAGUUUUGAUACUUAUGGAAAUUUAUUUGUUGCUGAUUAUUUUAAUGGUCGCAUUUUAAAGUUUAUUUUAGCAUCAAAUUCAUGUAGUCAGUAUAGAAUUAUUGUAAUAUUUGUAUUAAUUGAUUUAUUUUUAGGUCUGUCAUAUAAUCAACCAACAUUUUGUUCUAAUGCUUCAUGGUUUUCGAAUGCAUCAACUUUUGCAUCAAGUAGUACAACCGGUUUAUUACCUUAUGGUAUUUUUAUUAAUGGAAUUAAUACUGUGUAUGUACCUAAUCGAGUUAGUAACACUAUUUUAUCAUGGCCUCAAGGAAGUACUACAUCAACAAGUAAUAGUUAUAGUAAUUUAAGUAGUCCAUACAGUCUUUUUAUGUCUAUUACUGGUGACAUUUAUAUUGAUAAUGGUUAUUCAUAUGGUCGAGUUGAUAAAUAUAUAUUUAAUACAUCAAACCGUGUAACUGUUAUGAAUGUUAAUGGAAGUUGCUAUGGUUUAUUUAUCGAUGUUAAUAAUAAUCUUUAUUGUUCACUUAAAAAUCUUCAUCAAGUUGUUAAACUCUUACUUAAUAAUGGUACAACCAUCCCGACAAUCGCAGCCGGUAAUGGUACUGCUGGAUCACUAUCAAAUAUGCUUAAUUCUCCUCAAGGAAUCUAUGUUGAUAGUAGUUUAAACUUAUAUAUUGCAGAUUGUGCCAACAAUCGUAUUCAAUUCGUUCAAACUGGUCAAUUAAAUGGAAUGACAAUCGUUGGUAAUGGAUCAUCAGCAAAUUUUAUACUCAACUAUCCGACUGGAAUUGUUCUUGAUGCUAAUAGUUAUCUUUUUAUUGUCGAUAGUUAUAAUCAUCGUAUUGUUGCUUCAAAUUAUUAUGGUUUUCGAUGUAUAGUAGGAUGUUCAGGAGGUGGUUCAUCUGCAUCUCAAUUAUCAUUUCCACAAAGUAUGGCUUUUGACAGUUAUGGAAAUAUAUAUGUUACUGAUCGAAAUAAUAGUCGAGUGCAACAAUUCACUCUUCAAACGAACAACUGCAUACCACGAGUAGCACUACGACUAGCAGUACUACUACGAGCAGUAGCACUACCACUACCACUACCAGUACCACAAGUAGCACUAUUACCACUACCACCACCAGCAGUACAACUACAAGCAGUAGCACUACCACAAGUACCACUACUACUACUACUACUACCACAAGUACUACAACAAGUAGCAGUAGUACCACAAGUAGUACUAGUACGAGCAGCAGUAGCACCUCAAGUACCACUACUACCACGACCACCACUAGCAGUACUACUACUACUACCACUACAAGUACUACAACAAGUAGCAGCAGUACCACAAGUACCACUACCACCACAAGCAGUAGUACCUCAAGUAGCACCACUACAAGCAGCAGCAGCACUUCAAGUACUACUACUACUACCACUACCACCACUAGUACUACAACAAGUAGCAGCAGCACCACAAGCAGUACCACCACGAGCAGCAGUAGUACUUCAAGUAGCACUACUACUACCACUAGUGCGACAACAAGUAGCAGCAGCACCACAAGUAGCACUACUACAAGCAGCAGCAGUACUUCAAGUAGCACCACUGCCACGACCACCGCUACCAGUACCACUACGAGCAGUAGCAGCACUACAGGUAGCAGUAUAA